AACCUGAUUCACCCGAUCGGAAUUUGCAUCUGACUGCUCUUUGGUCACCCGCCCGGAUUUGUCCGCGGGGGUCCUAUCGCCCGCCGGCACACCAAGCAAGCCAGAAGAAGGAAGGAAGGAAGGAGGCCAUGCCAAUGCAACUUCGCCCUUUGCAAGUUGCCAGCUUGCUUUGAAAAGAAAGGGGGGAAAAGGGGGAAAGAGAGGGAGGAAAGGAAGAGGGAAAGAAGGAAGGAAGCCAAGAAAGGAAAGGAGAGAAGAAGGAACUGCAGGAGAUCAAUUGGCCAACAUGGGGCAACCCCACCCCUUUCUUUGCAAGGGCCUGUCUGAUACCUAGAUGAAGAGGAAAAAGGAACGGACGUGACGGACGGGAAAACCGACGGAGGAGGUGGCGCCCCAUUGGCCGUGAAGUGAGACGUGCUGGGGUUUAUUUGGAAUAUUUGGGAGAAAAGAACCUUCGAGGUUCUCGAAAGCGAGGCAGAACGAGAGAGAGUACUGGGCCACCACGGCGCUAAGCCCUGCCCCUCCCAGCCCAGGGUCCUCCCCUUUGGGGCAUCCCCUUGCCCCUUUGGCUCACUUGCCACCGCUGUUGCCCCCUGCUGGCCGGGCCAUGAAGUUGCAGGCGGUGAUGGAGAACCUCCAGCGGCAGCAACAGGCCCGGCUGCAGCAGGAGAUGGAGGCGCGGCAACAACAAGCCAUGGCAGCCGCAACGGCAACAUCAACAGAAGACCCCCCUCGAGGCAGGAUGGACACCGCAGAGCCUGAGAGUGCCAGGAUGCAGCGGGCGCAGAUGGAAGCCUUGGCGGCCAUGCGGGCGGCGGCGGCCGGACUCGGACACUCGCCGCUUGCGGAGGGUGGCGGCCGUUCAUCAUCAUUGUCGUCGGAAACCGAAGGAAGGGAGGAAGGAGAGGAUGAGGAGACUGAGUAUCCGCCAGGAAUGGGCUCCGAAGAAGAAGAGGCGAUGCUGAAGGGCCGGUGGGGUGACGAGGAUGACUUUGAAGAUGAAGAAGAGGAGGAGGAGGAAGAGGAGGACUACGAUGAGGAAGAGGAGGGCGAGGAGAUGCCGGAGGAAGGCCUCGGGGAUCUACCUGGGGGUCCGGUCCGCUCUGGCCCAGUUCUCCUCCGCAAGCAGCCUGCCCCACAGCCCUUCCGCGGUGAGCCCUCCCCCCGGACAGCGGGGCUCUCCUCCGAACGCCUGCCCUCCGGAGCAGCCCCCCAGGCCUUGGCCCAGCCCCAGCCCCCCGUCCUGGACCAUGGAGACUGGACCUACGAGGAGCAGUUCAAGCAGCUUUAUGAACUCGACGCAGACCCCAAGCGGAAGGAAUUCUUGGACGACCUCUUCAGCUUCAUGCAGAAGCGAGGGACGCCGGUGAACCGCAUCCCCAUCAUGGCCAAGCAAGUCCUGGACCUCUACAUGCUCUAUGUCCUGGUGACCGAGAAAGGCGGCCUGGUGGAAGUCAUCAACAAGAAGCUCUGGCGGGAGAUCACCAAGGGCCUGAGCCUGCCCACCUCCAUCACCAGCGCUGCCUUCACCCUCCGCACACAGUACAUGAAGUACCUGUACCCGUACGAGUGUGAGAAGCGGGGGCUCAGCAACCCCAACGAGCUCCAGGCUGCCAUCGACAGCAACCGGCGAGAAGGCCGGCGCCAGGGCUUUGGGGGAUCCCUCUUCGCCUACUCCCCUGGCGGGACCCACUCCGUCAUGGCUUCCCCCAAGAUCCAGGGCAUGGCUGCUGCUACCGCCGCUGCCACCAACGGGAGCCCUGGAACCCCCAAAAUCAAGAAAGAGGAGGACUCCUCGGCUGUCCCCAUUGCGCUGCCCGCGCGGCUCCCAGUCUCGCUGGCCGGACACUCGGCUGUCCAGGCGGUGGCGGCAGCGCAGGUGGCAGCACUGGAGCAGCUGCGGGAGAAGCUGGAGUCUGGAGAGCCGCCCGAGAAGAAGGUGGCGCUGGCCGAGGAACAGCAGCGCCUGAUGCAGAGGGCCCUCCAGCAGAACCUCCUGGCCAUGGCCGGGCAGCUACCCAUGAGCCUUCGUAUUAGCAGCAGCGGCAGCAGUGGCCAGGGACGCCGCUCGCCAGAAAGCCGUCAAGACACGGCGGCAAACCUCGCCACCAACGGCACCAACAGCAUCAGCAUGUCAGUGGAAAUCAACGGGAUCGUCUACACGGGCGUGUUGUUCGCCCAGACGUCAGAUGCCCCGCUCGGCAAAAGUGGCGCCAAUAGCGGGCAGCAGCCUGGCAGCGGUGCCACCGCCUCUUCUGCUGUCCCAGCACCUGCAGUGGGGGCUCCUCCUGCCGGCCUUCCUGCAGCCCCCACAUCUACCUCAAGCAACUCCUCAUCGCCUUAAAACCUCCACGCCCUUCACCGCCUCGCCCCAAUUUGGGCAGGGCCGCGUUCAUCGGGCAUCCUCUUUCCUUCCCCAGUUGCAUUCAGGAAAGUGUGCAUUUGUGUGUGUGUGUGUGCAUGUGUGUGUUUUUGUGGAGGGGGUGAAGCCAUGCCUUGCAAGGAAUUGGAAGUUACGGGUUAGGGGUCUCCAAAACUCAAGGUCUCCCAAACACAAAGUUUCCUAAAUGUAAGGUCUCCCAAACUCAGGGUCUCCACAACUUGGGAUCUCCAAAAUGUAUCUCUUCUAAAUGCCAGGCCUCCCAAAAGUGAGAUCUCCGCAAAAAGAGGUAUCCCAAACUCAAGGUUUCCGAAAUGUAAGAUCUCUCAAACUUGGGGUCUCCAAAACCUGGGUUCUCAGAAAUUUAUUUCUUCCAAUCUCAAAAUCCCCCAAAAAUAGGGUCUCUGAAACUAGAUCUCCCAAACUCAAGGUUUCCGAAACGUAAGGUCCCCCAAACUCAGGGUCUCUGAAACCUGGGAUCUCCAAAAUGUAUCCCUUCCAAAUUCAAGAUUUCCAAAAUUCAAGUCCUCUCAAACCCAGGGUCUCAGAAACCUAGGCUUUCCAAAAUAUAUCCCUGCAAACUUGGAAUCUCCUAAACCAGAGGUCUUUCAAAUUCAAGGUAUCCAAAUCUCAGUGUGUCCUAAACUUGGGAUCUCCAAAACUUAAGGUCUCCCAAACUUGAGCUUUCCGAAAUGUAAGGCCUCCCAAACUUGGAGUGUCUGAAACUUGAGCUUUGCUUCAAUAUCUCCUCCAAAUGUGAAAUCUUCUAAACUUGGGAUCUCCAAAACCGAAGCCUCCCAAACUUGAGGUCUGCCAAACUUUGGGUCUCCCAAACUUGGGAUCUCUGAAUCUUUGGGUCUCCAUAAUGCUGAAUCUCCAAAACUCAAAGUCUCCCAAACCUGGGAUCUCUGAACCUUGCAAUUUCUGAAACUUGAGGUAUCCUGAAUUUGGGGUCUCCAAAAUUUGGGAUUUCUCUAACUUAGGGUCUCUAAAACCUUUGGUGUUCAAAGCUUGGGGUCGGUCCCAAAAAUGUGGGGUCUCCAAAGCUUUGGAUCGCCGUAUCUUUCGGUCUCCGAAACUCAGGAACUCUGAAACUUGAAGUCUGCAUAACUUUGGGUUCUCCUUAACUUAAUCUCCAGAACUUUGAGGUCUCCUUAACUUGGUCUCCAAAACUUUGGGGUCUUCUUAAUUUGGUCUACAAAACUUUGGGCUCUCCUUAACUUAGGGAGCUCCUUAAUUUGAGAUGUUCCAAAUUUGAGGAUUUUCAAACCUUGAGGUCUCCUGUGUCUCUUUGCUAACUAAAUGUGGAAAGAAAAGCUAUCUUUCUUAAAACUCUGGAGAAAGAUGCCCUUCGCUUUCUGAGCCAGAUCACAAAAUAAAAUACAGUUUUAUUACUAUUUUAUCUUAUUGACAUGGUUCGCCACAGACGCCUUACUUCACGCGAAUCCUUCUUUAAAGAUGAAUUACAAUAUAUGUAUUUUUUUUUAAAGCAACCAAUGCAUUUACCACUGGCAGGGAAGGCAGGGCUUUGUGUGUGUUUUUUUAAUUAUUUGCAUUGCAAAGAUAAUUUAUCAUAAUAUUUUUUUAAGAUAGCGGAUUCAGAGAAAAGGGAGAGCAAUACGGAAGUCUUCUCUGAAAGGCUUUCGACCAAUAAAUAAACUCCUUUUUCCCCGUCAUUUCCCAAGUGCAACUGAAAGAGAAGCAGGAUUGGAAAGCAAACGCUCAGUACAUGGAUUAAUUAAUUUCAUGAGUUUUAGUGUUGUCCAAAUUGCGAAGCCAAAGGGAUAUAACAUGGAUUUCUAAAUUGUGAAGAUUUUAGACGUUAUUUUAGUACUAAAUAAAAUUAAGAGCUCCCCCUUAAAGAUGGCCUCCAUUAAGUCCUGCUUGCCUGUUUUCUAUAAGAAAGAGAACCAACCUUAAUAUUGAUACCAAUAUAUAAAUACAUGUUGAGACAGCAAUAUGGAUUAUUUAUUAUUGUUAUUUACAGUAUUUAUAUUCCACUCUUUUCACCCCGAAGAGAACUCAGGGCGGAUCACAGAACACAUAUGAAGCAAACAUUCAAUGUUGUUUAUACAUUGACAGACAGCUACAUAGAUAGAGGUAUAUAUAGGCUGUUCCCAUCUUUGGCAUCUUGGAGGCUUGUGCUCGGUUUUGGCCACUGGAGGGUGCUGUUGCUCCAUCUUCCCUGCCAAAGAGCUUUGUUUGUAAGCUUCCUCCUUGAUCAAAUCGCCAGAAUUUUUAUGGCAUUUCCUUAAGGGUGCCUUAAAUACCUCCCCGCUUUUAAGCAGUACCGAUUUAUCUACUCACAUUUUGCUUUUGAACUGUUAAGUAGACAAAAGCUGGGCUAAAGGGUAGGAGCUCACCCCAACCCAGGCUUCGAAAUGUCAACCUUUUGGUUGGCAAGAUUUACUCCAGCUGGUGGUUAACCUCCUGUGCUAACACCUGGCCUAUGGAUGGGUGAUUAUAUCCAAUUGUUCUAUCAAUAUGUACUUGCUAUAAUUAUCUAUCUGUAUUGAUCCAUUAUUGUCCUAAAGCUUGCAUUUGUUCAGCCCCGGUGGCCUAUCUUCUAUAUGGAAAGGAACAAACUAUAAUGUGGAUACCAAUCUAUCAAUUCAGUAGAGUCUCGCUUAUCUGACAUUCCUAUGUUCUUAUCCAACGUCCCCUUUUUCCUCCAGCAUUUCCUCUUCAAUUAAAGGAGCGCUCACCAACUCCAUUCCCAGUAAGUGAAAAGGCAAGAUAAGGAAGAGGAGGAGGAACGAAAGAGGGAAAAGAGGCAGGACCGGAAGCGGUAGUGUCCUCCCUCCUUCCCUCUGUGAUUUCCAUGUUCCUCUUCCGCAUCCAGGCACUUCCUGCUGGGCCGCUCUAGCCCCGAGGCGUUGCCUUGUCUUAACUCUCAGAGUCCCUGUUGAUAGUAUUCUAGGUGUAUAGUGUGGCAUCGGACGGGUAACAGGAGGAGACUCCAUAUUUUCCAACAUGUUCAUUUAUCCGACGUUCUGCCGGCCCGUUUAUGUCAGAUAAGCAAGACUCUACUGUAUAUAUCUAUUGAGACCAAUACAGAUAGAUUAUUAUAUCCAAUAUAUAUUUGAUAUAACUAUCUAUCGGUAUUGAUUCAUUAUUUUCCCAAA